AUGUUCAACCAUUUAGCCAAGCCUACUCAGCGGAUCUCAGUUUUUAGCCGCAUCAAAGAAUCGACAUCACGACCUUCUGUGUUCAAAAGGAUAUAUGGACAUAAGACUCAAAGGAGAAUCCAACCAGCUCCACACAGAUUGACGCUAGAAAGACUCGGAGCACUAAGCAAGUCGUUUGAAGAGAAAAGCCAGCGAGAGUUGGAAAGUGGAGUUCGUAUUGAUUCGACAGAAGAUAAUGAAAUCCGAAGCCUAAUCCCGUCAUAUGGGGGCCAAGCAACUGUUGAUGAAUUAAAAGAGCUCAACUUGGGCACAAAUGAAGACCCAAGACCUAUCUUCGUUAGUGCACUUUUGAAUCCUAGCGAACAAGAAUCAUACCAUCAAUUGUUACUUGAGUAUAAAGAUGUAUUUGCUUGGACACAUAAGGAGAUGCCAGGCCUCGAUCCAAAAGUUGCAGUCCAUCACCUUGCAGUCAAACCUAGAACGCAUCCAAUCAAACAAAUUCAAUGUCGCUUCAGUCCGGAGCUCUUAAGUCAAAUUGAAGCCGAAGUCACUGGAUUUAUUAGGGAGGUGAAAUACCCGAUGUGGAUAGCAAACAUUGUUCCGGUGAAGAAGAAAAUCACUAAACAAAUUCGUAUUUGUGUUGACUUCCGAGACUUAAACGAGGCUUUCCCAAAAGAUGACUUUCCGUUGCCCAUAAUUGAGCUCAUGGUUGAUGCAACCACAGGUCAUAAAGCCUUGUCUUUCAUGGACGGUUCAUUUGGAUACAAUCAAAUAAGAAUGUCACUAGAGGACGAAGAACUCACAUCCUUCCGCACCCCAAAAGGAAUUUACUGUUACAAGGUGAUGCCAUUUGGCCUCAAGAAUGCAGGUGCGACCUAUCAAUGUGCAAUGCAAACGAUCUUUGGUGACAUGCUUUACAAGAAUGUCGAGUGCUACGUUGAUGACCUGGUGAUUAAGUCAAAAAGAAGAGAAGAUCACUUGAAAGACUUGAGAAUGGUGUUUAACAUAUUGCGGAAGUACCAACUCAAGAUGAACCCUUUGAAGUGUGCUUUCGGCGUCACGUCAGGGAGGUGUCAGCCAUUUAGUCGCCUUAUGAAAAAAGAUGUUCUAUUUGUUUGGGAUGAAGUUUGUCACAAUGACUUUGAAAUCAUAAAGAAGUACCUAUCAAGUUCACCACUGUUAGGAGCUCCUAUUCCAGGCAAACCACUCAUGUUGUACAUUGCGGCUCAAGAGAGGUCAAUUGGAGCCCUGUUGGCGCAAGAGAAUGAGUCACAUAAAGAGCAAGCACUUUAUUAUCUAAGUCAAACUCUUACUGGUCCUGAACUAAACUACACGCCUAUAGAAAAGACAUGUCUUGCACUUGUUUUUGCUAUUCAAAAGUUUAGGCACUACAUGCAAGCGUUCACGGUUUAUCUAAUUGCACGAGCUGACCCGGUAAGGUACGUUAUGUCAAAACCAGUCUUGAUGAGGCGUUUGGCCAAGUGGGCGUUACUUCUCAAUCAAUAUGAAAUCAUCGACACUCCAGCAAAGGCAAUUAAGGGGCAAGCUAUUGCAGAUUUCCUAGCCGAUCAUCCAAUUCCAGCAGACUGGGAAAUUUCAGAUGACUUACCUGACGAACAAGUUUUCUUCACUAACAUUUCUCCUGCUUGGAUGAUGUUUUUUGACAGAUCGGCUCGUAAAGAUGGGGCGGGGGCUAGCGUAGUCUUCGUAUCACCCGAGAGACACAUCUUGCCCUAUUCAUUCUCUUGA